AGCCUGGCUCACAGAUUCGAAGGGCUGAAAGCUGCGGGCAGCUUUGCCCAAGGCGUUUCUCCGCCCAUGGAGACCCUUGCGGACUCCCCAAGUGACUCGGAGAGGAAAUGGCUUUGGAUGCCGGUAGCCUGCACCGUGCUCUUGAUCAUCGCGCUCUUCAUAGGAGCUCUUUGCGAGUCCUGUGGUGGUUAAGCCACAACAACGCCGGAAUGCAGAGAUGGCAGUGCAUCAAGUACGCCAUUCGGGUCAGUGGCGGCUUCGGACUCGCAGCAGGAGCGCUGGGCUUGAUCUACUCCGCCCGGCGCUUCUGGGACCACCGGGACUUGGCCGCACAGACGGACCUCUGGUUCCGGGUGCUGCCGGCAUUGACCUACACCUUCCUCCUGCUAGCUCUGGGCUUUGCGGCCCUAGGCCUCAAGGUGAGGAGAAGCGAGGCGGAAGCGGCCGAACAGGCUUACCAGGCGGUUCGGCAGAACACGAGGAUCUCCCUGCUGGCCGGUCUGGCUGCAGGCAUCACACAGGAGGUCCUUUGUGGCGUGGACGACAAAGGCUUUCAGAUGCCCGACGCAUGGCGUGAGAGCUGCCAAAUGUUGGGCGGCUCUUGCGGCCUUCUGUUGUUGGGCAUCCUGGCAGCCGCAGGCUGAUGGCUUGGAGAAGACGGAGGUGAAUCCUCAUGAGCCGCCGGCCAAGGAGGCGUUGGAGGAGGACACCUUGUCCAGACAGGAGUCGACCACCGCGUCCAUGCUGGGCGAAAGCUUCCGUGCAGACUUCUUGAAGCGCCUACAGUGGCCCACCAGCCCAGACCCCCCGGAGAGUAGCUGGGCACCCCGCGUGGACGAGGAGAGGCGCAGGAGUCGACCACCACCAGGAGCAGAAUAGUAUGCAAGAGCCUUUGCUCGAGACGUGGUUCCGUGCAGACUCAGAGACAGGCGCGUCAGGCUUCAGCAGCGACCGGAGCCGAGCGCGUGAAGCAGAGGGCAAGCCGUCGCCCGAUCCAGCAUCGAGCUCGCGCUGCGAGGCGUCCUCCGUGUACCAGACACCCGUGGACUGCACUCGGGGCGGAGGCCGCGGCGCCUGGAACAGCCCUGCCUUCUGGCGCAGCCCCCGGGACUCUGCGACUUCUGCCCGUCUUCACUUGGGUUCGCCUACCAUGCAACCCGUUCUCGCGGUCUGACAAGAUAGAUCCGAUCAAAAAGCAAGCCAGCCGCCCCCCGCGCGAAUAUCGGAGCCCAGAUCUGAAAGCACACCUUGGGGUCGUUGGAUCUUGGAAAGAACUUGCUGCUGCGAUAAGAAGGGAAUGUGGGAAUGAAGC